UGAAGAGUGCAUUUGAGCUCCCAGUGUUCUUCCACUGAGUGUUUCACUGAAAAAACUCAGCCAGAAUCUCAAGUUAGGGCUGGGCGGGACAUCAGUGUGGGACACAGAUGCAGAACAAGAGGUUAGACUUGUCUUAAAGAUCCUUGUUUGUGGCAACCGUGGGUGAGAACAGAUAAGCUGGAAGAGUCAGACAGGAGGGGGACAUCAUGGGACUCUGAGAUGUGAUGCGGGAGAUAAAGGCCUGGGCCCUGAUUUGCAAGUGGCCCUAAUACAGGAAGGUCCAAGGACAAUGGAGAACUCGACCACCCCUGGUCAGGAUCCAAUUCGAAGCAGCGACACUGAGAGCGCUUCCUAGCAUGAGGGCAUGACUUCGAUUUCUCGGGAUAUUGGCCUCUUGACUCUGCGACAGUCAUUCUCUCCAAGACCUCCCAGAGUGUGCCCAGACAGCAAAGGCAGCACACCAUGGCCCAGCUUCUCCCAACCUUCUCCUGGAAGCUGGAUUUAGACUAUGAGGCCAACACCCUCGGACAUGGAGAAAUGAAUGACACGGCAAGUGAAUGGUUGGAGUACAAGCUAGUGGUCUUCCCCCUCAUGAUGUUGGUGACCCUCUGUGGGUUGGUGGGCAAUGGUGUGGUCUUCUGGCUUCUCUGCUUCCAUGUCCGAAGCUGCCCCUAUGCAACCUACAUCCUUAACCUGGCCGUUGCUGACAUCAUCAACCUCUCCUGCAUCGCUGUGAUCCUGUUGGAGGAAGUCCUCCUGCUGUACCACGAGGUGACAUUACAUGUGGCCAUAUUCCUGGAGCCUGUCUCCUAUUUCUCUGACACAGUGGGUCUCUGUCUCCUGACAGCCAUAAGUGCUGAGAGCUCUCUUUGUAUCCUCUUCCCCAACUGCUGCUGCCACCGCCCAAAGCACACCUCUGCUGUGGUGAGUGUGCUGAGCUGGGGCCUGGCCCUUUCCCUGCACAUGGUAAAUGAGAUCUGUGACUACUGGGAGAAUGGCUUGGCCUGUGAUUCAUUUCAUGAGGGCUUUGUAAUAUUCCACACACUCAUUUUCUUGUUAAUGUGCAUGUCCAGCCUGGCCCUGACCAUCCAUAGCCUGCGUUGCUUCCAGCGGUGUUCACUAGCCAGGAUCUACCAUGUUGUCCGUAUCAUGAUCAUCACCUUCCUCCUUUGGGGCCUGCCCUUAGUUGUUAUCAUGUUCCUGCCUGAACAAGAGUAUCUGACCCUGACCUUUGACCUCCUAUUGCUCCUGUCCAGCAUGGUCAGCACAGCUCACCCAGUAGUCUACAUCUUGACCGGAUGCUUCCGGAGGAAGAGGCGCAAAGAGUCCCUGAAGAUUAUUCUCCAGAGGGCCUUGAUGAGUGAUAUGGAGACAUGAGGGGAAGGAGUCUCAGAUAUGCAAUCCGGGGAGACUCCAGACUUAGAUCUGGGAACAACCAAAGUCCUUCUUGAUGGCUUGGUGCCUCUGCAAAAUGUAAUGGAUUACCUAUGGCACAAGGCUGUGAAAUCCCAAAAAGACGACGGCAGAAGAACAUGUUAAAUCCUCCAAAGUGCAGAUUCAAUGUGCUCUCUUGAUAACAUAUCACUCGAGUGCUUUCAGAGUAACCAAAUUGCUAUCCAAAUUGGAGAGAACAUUGCUUUGUCUCUCUUGAUAACCUAUCCUUCUCAAAUCCCACAGAAGACCUCCUAGAAAGGCAGCAGGGAGCAGGGUGAACUUCCCUUGGAUUUGCAGAUCUGAUAUUCCUGAGCGUAACAAGUGUCCUUGUUAUGGUUACUUUUGUAAAUCUGACUGGUUGAGGGAUGACUGGAUGAUGGGUGAAGCAUUGAUCCUGGGUAUGCCUGAGAGGGUGCUGCCACAUAAAAUUGAUGUGUGAAUCAGUAGCCUGAGAGAGGAAGACCCAGCUUCAAAGAGGUGGCACCAUCCAAUAAGCUGAGGGUGCAGGAGGGACAAACAGAAAAAGUAGGGAUUCUGUUUCAUCUCUGUGGACCCAUUCUUGCAGGGCAUGUUGUAUAUUCCACUCCUCCUGCCUGCAUAUCUGCCUGUUCUGUCCCUGCUCUGUGACCUGGCCCUUGGCUACAUUCAGUUCACACUGGCACAUAAUCAGAUAUGUGGAUGUACCACUGGUUAUCUAUUGGUCCCAGCAAAUUUCUAUCAAAUAUGAUCCUUUGCCAUUGCUCUGCAGAAAUCAUGUUUGAACUAAAGUGGGUUGUUCUUGGGCCCCACUGUUCUGUUCCACUGGAUGUUUUACCUACUCUCUAACAACACCAUACUUAGUGUAGUUACUACAUCUUUAUUAUAUAUGUUAUGCCUAGGAAACUGAGUCCUACAAGCAGCCAGAAAAAGAAGACACACAUACACAGAGGCUCAAAGAUGAGGAUGCGGUCAAUUGCUUGUUGGAAAGAUCCAAGUUGUAAGACAGUAGAGAAAAUUCCUUAAGGUAUUUUAAAAAAUUGUCAACCAGAGUCCUUUAUACAGUGAAAAUAUUUUCCAGUAAGAAGGCAAAAGGAAAGAGCUGUUCAGAUAUACAGAAGAUGAAAGAAAUUAUCACUGAGAGAUGCCAUACAACGCAUGUUGAAGGAUAUCCUUUAAGCAGAAUAAUGACACCAUGGAGACUCUUCGCCCUGUUGCACCCUGCAGUAUGAUGUAGAUACACAGGUGAUGCAAGCUGACAUCCUCACCUGUUCCUCAGCUCAGGGGAAAGUAUCGACCUGUCACCAUUUAGUAUACUACCCAUUAAACAUUAAUGAUAGACUUUUCUUUUUAUCAGCUAGAGGACAUUCAAUUCUCACUCCUAAUUUGCUAGAUUUUUUUGGUUGUUGUUAAGAGAGAUUUUUGAUAUAGGGCAUGUGUGCUUG